GGAAUUCAAUUUUGAAGUCAUAAUUGUUGAUGAUGGCAGUCCUGAUGGUACUCAAGACAUUGUAAAACAACUGCAGCAACUAUUUGGCAAAGAGCGCAUUCUAUUAAGAGCAAGACCCGAGAAGCUUGGUCUAGGAACUGCCUAUUGUCAUGGGUUGAAGCAUGCAACUGGAGAUUUUGUUAUAAUCAUGGAUGCAGAUCUGUCCCAUCAUCCAAAAUAUUUACCUAGUUUCAUCAGGAAGCAAACAGAAACUGGCGCCAGUAUAGUUACUGGAACCCGUUAUGUUAGAGGGGGCGGUGUUCAUGGCUGGAAUCUUAUGCGCAAAUUGACUAGCAGAGGAGCUAAUGUAUUGGCGCAGACAUUUUUAUGGCCUGGUGUGUCAGAUCUUACUGGAUCAUUUAGGCUUUAUAAGAAAUCUGUUCUUGAAGAUGUCUUGGGCUCCGUCGUAAGUAAAGGAUAUGUAUUUCAGAUGGAGAUUAUUGUCCGAGCCAGCAGGAAAGGCUAUCAUAUUGAAGAAGUUCCAAUAACAUUUGUGGACAGAGUUUAUGGAACUUCCAAACUGGGAGGGUCUGAAAUAGUUGAAUACCUCAAAGGCCUACUCGCCGAGAAGGUAGGACGACUACGUGUAGAGGCUAGCUCGCCGGCGGUGUACACCGGGAGCGAAAGAAGCGCGGAGGAGAAAUCCGACGUUCUCCUUGCUGAUUUUCUCCGGCGUAAAUGCGACGCCGACGGGGCAAAAACAACGAACUUCACCACCGAGGAGGCUCGCCGACGUGAGGAAGGAGGCGGCGUCGGUGGUGGAUCGCUCGCCGGUGAGGCUCGCCGACCGGAGAAGUCGCGAGGCGCGAAGGUGACGGCUGUGAGGGCUAGGGUUUGCAAAAUUCGAUUGGCGGCUGGGAGAGGAAGCUGUCGAAGACUCUUGAAAAAACUUGAGAAAAAGCGGCAGAGGACCCACAAUAACUCGAAGAAAACCGUCGAAAACACGGGGAAAAUUCGGAGAAAAUCAUGA